AUGCCCACCAUCUACUCCUCCCUCUACCAGAAUUUCAUCCGUCAAGGAUUCGCGAAAUCUUUCACCCACGGCUACGCCCAGUCCGUCGUUGCCGCCACACAUCCUAUCCUCAACACCCAGAACCGGCCUUCAUUUGCCCGCCGGAACACCAACCGCUUCGGUCGUCUUCAGUCUCUUCAGCUUCAGUCCGCCUUCCACACCGCUGAGAGGACAAGCACCAGUCUCCCCCAGCACCACACCGAGAAACUCGACGAAAAGCUCAAGCAUGGAAGUCUAGACGCCUAUUUCGAGGCGCUGCGGAGCCAGCAGGCCUCGGAAGAGGAGCUUGAGAAAGAAUGGACGCAGUUUCAAUUCCAGCAGCAGAUCGAGUGGAAGCCCACGCCUGCUUCCAUCCUCGUUGGCGAGGCCGCCACCCAUGAUGCCGAGGACUACGCAGCUGCACAAGAUGGAGAGACGCCCUCAGCUAUCCCCCCAGAGGCCCAGGCCGCCCUCGCACAGAUCGAUGCUGCUUUGGAGAAGGAGAUCGAGUUCAGAAAUCGCAUGGAGGCUUUGGAAGAGGCCUCUGAGCACUCUAUUCGAUCAGUCUCCCGCGGUGGGUCUGCGGCGCGUUCGUACCAGUCCCCGGCCAUCGACAGAUCGCGGUCACCCUUCAGCGAAGUCCGGACUGCCACCCCUCCGUUCGACCCUCAAUCUCAGGUUUACGCCGAUCACCUACACAAGCUCUCCGCCGAUGGCCGCUAUGCCGAGAUCCCGGCAGUGUUUGAGGCCAUGCUCGUUGCUGGCGUGCAGCCCAUCGCCAGUGCCUACAACGCUUUGUUGAUGGCUGCCAUCCACCUGCCAACAGCCAAGAACGAGAUCGUUACUAAGGCUUUAGAUGUGUACGCCGACAUGCUCCGCCGUAAGAUUGUGCCUGACAGCGACACGUACAACAUUCUUGUCGGCCUCCUCGCUGCCCGCUCUCUCGAGGUUGCCUCUUUGAAGAAGACUCUCCAGGAGAAGCUCGUACGGUUUGGUGGCAUGGACGAGCCUGGCAAGUUCAUGUUUGCGUCUCAUGAGCUCGAGAAUGCCAUUCUUUCUGAGGAUGACAGACUCGAUCUUGCGAUGGACAUGUUCGAGAAGUCAGUCCUCACUCAGCGAGCGGCUUAUUCGGCCGAGUCCUACCACCAGCUUAUUUCCGCUUGUGCUCAGGCCGGGCGUGUCAACGAUAUGCUGCGUCUGUACGAGCACAUGGAGCUGAACCGUGUUACCCCCUUCGCCGCCAUGUUCCCCAGCAUGAUCACCGCCUUCGCGACGUCUGGCGACCUGGUCAGCGCUGUCGAGUGCUACAAUGAGUAUAAAGAACUUGCUGUCGCUAACGACAACGGCGAGACCACUCUUCACGAUCGAUUGGACGCCGAGGUGUACGCUGCUGUCAUUCAUGCCUACAUCAUCUCUGACAAGGUCGACGGCGCCAUGAAGUUCUACGAAAAGAUCAUCAAGGAGUACGGAGUUCGCGCCGGCGACAUCAAGGAUGCCAUUGUCAGCUCCGGUAUGGUCAAGGCUUUCACCGACCGUGGCAUCUUCAACGAGGCACUCCGUUGGGCUCAAGUUGUCGAGGCCGAGAACAGAGCGGAUCCCAUGGGUAACCUAGCAGCUCGCGCUGCUGACCAGGGUGACAAGCACACGGCUGUUGCUGCCUUCGCCAACUUGCCCAUCAACUUCUCCAAGAUCGCCACUCCUGCCAUGGCGCUGCUGGCCCUGAGCGUCCGCCAGGGCGACGUGAUUUCGGCGGCUCGUUACUGGCAUGUUCUCUGCGCUCCUGAGACGCCGGUUACUCCCGCCCUCAUCGAGCCUACUGCCAUGUACGCCAUUGCCAUGAUUGGCUCGGGCCAGGUUGCCGAGGGGUUGGCCGAGUCUGAACUCAUGUUCCAGAGGAUCCGUGCCGCCAACCCUGACAGUGCGGAUGAAAUUGAAGAGGGCGCCGACUUUGUACACCAAUUCAUGAGUAGCCGCGGCAUCGUCGACCCUCGUGAGAUGGCUUCUCAGCAAGCCAUGUCCGCGUCUCCCUUCGCCGCCACCGCCACUGUCUCGAGCUUUGAGGACUCAUUCGACCCGUACGCACACAACACCGACUUCAAGGGUUCCUCGCUCAUUUCCGACGAGCUUGAGGGCUCCCACGGUCGCAAGGGCCCUAAGCUUUACGAUGCCCUGGCACGCUUCCGCAACAUGCGCCGCGCCGGUCGCCACCCCCGCUACAUUACCUACGCCAAGCUGAUCUCCGCCGCCUCUCGCGACGGCAAGAUGGAGCUUUGCAACGACAUUCUCGCUAUGGCCCGUACCGACGUGCCCUUGCUUCCCCAGUAUGCUGUCGUCCGCUACGGCUGGUCUUCCAUCCUGGAUGCCAUGGUUGGCGCGUGUCUCACCAUGGGUUACCGCCAGAUGGCCGAGCAGUACCACCAGGAACUCCUGGCCAUGGGCGCCGCCCCUUCCGCCAACACCUUCGGUCUGUACAUCACCACCCUCAAAGAGUCGGCCAAGACAUUUGACGAGGCCUCCGAGGCUGUCAAGAUCUUCCACCGUGCCAAGGCUGAGGGCGUCGAAGCCAGCUCCUUUUUGUACAAUGCCCUGAUUGGCAAGCUUGGCAAGGCUCGCCGCAUCGACGACUGCCUGUUCUACUUCGCCGAGAUGCGCGCCCUGGGCAUUAAGCCCACGUCUGUCACCUAUGGCACCAUUGUCAAUGCUCUCUGCCGUGUGAGUGAUGAGAAGUUUGCUGAGGAGCUGUUUGACGAGAUGGAGGCCAUGCCUAACUACAAGGCCCGCCCCGCCCCGUACAACAGCAUGAUGCAGUUCUUUUUGACCACCAAGCGCGACAAGUCCAAGGUCCUUGCCUAUUACGAGCGCAUGAAGACCAAGGGCAUCACUCCCACUGCACACACGUACAAGCUUCUCGUCGACACCCACGCCACUCUCGAGCCCAUCGACAUGGCCGCGGCCGAGAAGGUUCUGGAGGCUAUCCGUGUCUCUGGUCAGAAGCCUGAAGCCAUUCACUUUGCUGCUCUUGUCCACGCUCGUGGCUGCAACCUCCACGAUAUGGAGGGCGCCCGCAAAGUGUUCGAUUCUGUCAUGUCGGACCGAUCUGUCACGGCCAACGCCAGCCUGUUCCAGGCACUCUUCGAGGCCAUGGUCGCCAACCACAAGGUCGCCGACACCGAGGCCAUCCUGGCGCAGAUGCGCCGUCGGGGCGUUGAGAUGACACCGUACAUCGCCAACACUCUGAUCCAUGGCUGGGCUGCGGAGAAGAAAAUUGAGAAGGCGCAAGCCAUCUACGACUCAGUUGGUCACGAGAAGCGUGAGCCCAGCACAUACGAGGCCAUGACCCGUGCAUACCUCGCCGUAGAGGAGCGUGAGAAGGCCAAGGGUGUUGUUGGCGAGAUGCUUUGCCGCGGUUACCCCAGCGCCGUUGUCAACAAGGUGCUGGAGCUUUUGGGCGGUGGCGGUGGCGAUGAAGUUGUUGCGCACAACUAA